AGAAAAUAUAGAGCAACAGAUUGCACAAUACAAGGACUCAAUGACUCCACGAUCUGCAAAAAAGGAAACUAAUCUUAUCUCUAAAAAUAAGGAACCAUACUCCACUAAGUAAAGACUCAAUAACAAACUUGGACUCUGUCAAAUUAUAAACUAAUCCUACAAUUUAUCUUGAAGACACGUAAACCAAAAAUUGACAGCUAAGCAAAGAAAUUGACACCAAAAGCAAAAACCCAUUUCAGCAUUAUACCGUAACAGCGUCAACGCUGUGUUUCCUUCAGCUUUUGCUUUUGGGUUCUAUAUAGUCAUUUGAUGCUUUUGGGGAUUGUCAUACUCAUGGGCUUCAGGCACUCUUAAGCAGAAAACGAAUAACACCCGAGCCUAACCUCCUCCACUCCGCUGCCAGAGUUUACUUACCCAUCAAGAUCUCCCCUGCAAGCUUAGCUCGAGUCAACAUGGGGAAAAUACGCUCCCAGAAGAACAUCACCGUCGCCUUACCCGAAGAAGAAGAGAUCGUGGACACCUUCAACAAUGUCAAGGUUACUUGGCGUUAUGUUUGUACUCAGCAAACUGAACAAAACAGAACUUAUAAUGGUGACAACGGCUUCUUUUCUUAUUCUUCGGAGAAGAGGUAUUUUGAGUUAUAUUUUGAUUCCAAACACACAGAAGAAAUCGCCUCUGCUUAUUUACAGCAUGUCAUGACCACAGCUGCGUUAUUGGAGCAAGAAGAAAAGGAGUUGAUGAUUUUUAGUUGCAAUGACUAUACUUUAUCCUGUGGUUUGUCCAAUAGCAACUCCACUUAUUUUCAACAUCCUGCUUCUUUUGACACCAUCGCCUUGAACCCUGACCUGAAACAGAGCAUCCUUGACGAUUUGGAUCGGCUCUUGGCAAGGAGAGAUUAUUACAAGAGGAUUGGGAAGACUUGGAAGAGAGGGUAUUUGUUGUAUGGUCCUCCAGGAACAGGGAAAUCAAGCCUGGUUGCGGCCAUGGCUAAGUACCUGAAAUAUGAUGUGUAUGAUUUGGAGCUUAGCAAUAUUUAUUGCAAUUCACAGCUGAGAGAUGCUUUCCUAAACAUAUCUAGCAAAUCUAUCAUCGUGAUUGAGGAUGUCGACUGUUAUGAAGAGGUCCACGCUCGAUCCAACACAAUAGUAGAUGUCAACCUUCCUCAAUUGGGUUCCCAAGAAAAUAAGCGUGAUGCAUGUGCACUUUCGGGUCUACUGAACGCCAUAGACGGGCUGUGGUCGGGCUGCGGGGAGGAGAGGAUCAUCAUAUUCACCACCAAUCACAAGGACAAGAUUGACCCUGCACUGCUUCGUCCUGGCCGGAUGGAUAUGCAUAUUGAGUUGUCCUACCUAAAACCGUCAGCUUUUUUGGUGCUGGCCUACAACUACCAUGGUCUCCGUGACGGUGACCACCCUCUCCUUGAAGAAAUCCAGAACUUGUUGAAAUACACAAAGGUGACUCCUGCUUCUAUUGCGGAAAAAUUGUCGAGGAGCGACGACGUCAAUGUCGCCCUUGGAGGAGUUGUUGAAUUACUUAAGCGGAAAAGGACGGCGGAGGUCAGCGACGGCGAAGACGAACGUGACGCAGCAAAGAGGAGAAAAUUAUCCGAAAAUAUUGAAAUGAUUUCCUGAUUUUUUUUUUUAAGAAUAUUGCUUGCGUUUUAAUUCAUUAAAAAUAUUUAAAGUUU